AUGGGUUGGAUCGGAGAAACCAUAGAUUCAAUAAAAUCUAUUCAGAUCCGACAGCUUCUCACUCAAGCCAUCAGUCUUGGGAUGAUUGUUACAUCUGCUUUGAUCAUAUGGAAAGCUUUGAUGUGUGUCACUGGCAGCGAAUCUCCUGUGGUUGUUGUUCUUUCUGGAAGUAUGGAGCCUGGCUUCAAGAGGGGUGAUAUACUGUUCUUGCACAUGAGUAAGGACCCUAUUCGAGCUGGAGAAAUUGUUGUUUUCAAUGUUGAUGGUCGUGAUAUUCCCAUUGUGCAUCGUGUCAUAAAGGUUCACGAAAGGGAGAAUACAGGAGAAGUUGAUGUUUUGACAAAAGGUGAUAAUAACUAUGGAGAUGAUAGACUUCUCUAUGCUCAAGGACAGCAAUGGCUUCAUCGACACCAUAUAAUGGGUCGUGCCGUUGGGUUCUUGCCUUAUGUUGGAUGGGUGACUAUCAUUAUGACAGAAAAGCCUAUCAUCAAGUAUAUUCUCAUAGGGGCAUUGGGUUUACUCGUUAUAACGUCCAAGGAUUGA